AUGUAAUAUGAUAGAUCAUUAUUGACAGUUGAUAUUUAAGGAGCCUAACCUAAAUCUAGAAAUGCUUACAUGAAUAGAUUAUUGCCACAUUAAUUCAGAUAUGAAGAAUAAAUAAGAGUUUAGUAAUGAAUAUAAAGUCAUGAAAGACAAUAAAUUCCAAAAUAAGAUUACAAAUUUGGGAGAAGAAGAUACUAACAUGAUUUCCAUCACUUUUGCAACAUUUGUAUUCCUUAAGGAGAAGAGUACUUUGAAAAAACCAAUAAGAAACACUUCGUAAUUCCAGAAGGAGAGAUCAAAUAAUAUAGAGCUUUAGAGAAUUAUUAUGAUCAACCUAAGUAUUAUAAUUGUUUUUGAUGAGGACAAAUUGAUGCUGAUAGGUUGCUAUGUACAAAUGACAUAGAUGGAGCAGUUCCAGGUUCCUUAUAAAGUUAAGCUGUUCGUAAUCAUGAUGUAGCUUAGAAACUGAGAAUAUAGAGAGAUGAGUAGAGAGCACAAAAAAAGAAAGCUUUAUAUUAAUCUCAAAUAGAAUAGAGUUAUGAAGUUUAAGAAGAAGCAUCUCCAUUACCUUAAAGAAAUAAAUCAUUUUCAGUUCAAAUAUCCCCUGUAUAAUAAACAGAAGCGAAGGCUUAACCCUAUGAAUAUAUGAAUAAGCCUUUAAAACUACCUCCAAUAAGUGAUAGAGUAACGACUUUCACAAAUCCAACAAGCAGUAAAUUAUAGCUUCGAUAGAACCCUAAAAUAUAUUUAUCUUAGGAAUAGGACAAGACAUUGAAAUUAAUAUAGAAGUAGCCAGCAUUGAGAUUAUUUGUUUGA